AUGGCUUGCUUCUUCUGGAAUGUUCGUGGGUUUAACAAAUCAUUAAAACAUUCCGUGGUUGCUGGUUGGUUGAAUAAUAAGGAAAUGAAGUUUGGUUGUCUGUUGGAAACUCGGGUUAAGGAAAGGAAGUCGGAGAAGAUCCUGAAUGCAGUGCUUAAGGAUUGGUCUGCAAUAACAAAUUAUGAAGAUAGUAGUGGUGGAAGAAUUUGGGUGUUAUGGAGAGAUACAAUACGUAUGACUCCUGUAUAUAAGUCGGAUCAGAUGGUUACCUGUUUGGUUGAGUUGGAAGGAGAAGAAGAGUUCUUUUGCACUUGUAUAUAUGCUAGCAAUCAAGUAGAAGGGAGGAAGGUUCUUUGGGACGAUUUGGCGCAUCAUCAUAACUCUUCCAGCUUUAGAAAUAAAUCUUGGAUGAUUAUGGGUGAUUUUAACGAAAUUCUCGAUGGGGCAGAGAGUUCGAGGUUUGAUAACAUGAGUAGGAUAUCUUGUGGAAUGAGGGAGUUUCAGAGUUUGGUUCUGCAUUGUCAACUAACAGAUUUGGGGUAUCAAGGACCACUAUAUACUUGGUGUAAUAAGAGGGAGGAGGGGGUUAUUUGCAAGAAACUUGAUAGGUUUUUGCUAAAUGAAGUAGCGUUGAGAAGAUUUAGUAAUGCGUAUUCAGUUUUUGAGCCUGGGGGGUGCUCUGAUCAUUUGAGGUGUAAGGUGCAGUUGUUUCCUCCAAAUGAGAAGAUAAGAAGACCCUUUAAUUAUGUAAAUGCUGUUGCAAGUCUUCCUGAGUUUCUUCCGAUGGUUGAGAGCUACUGGAGUAAUACGGAGAGGUUAUUUCACUCAACAUCUGCGAUGUUUAGAUUUGCAAAGAAGCUAAAAAACUUAAAGCAACUGAUCAGAGAUUUGGGAAGAAAUAAAUUGGGGAAUCUGACCAAGCGGGCAAAGGAAGCUAUGGAUAUUCUAAGUGAAAAGCAGAAGAACACCCUGGAGAAUCCUAGGGUGAGAGCAGUUCAAGAAGAGUCUGAAGCUUAUGGGAAGUGGUUACAUGUAUCAACGUUGGAGGAAGAUUUUCUAAAGCAGAGGGCUAAGCUGCAUUGGCUAGACGUGGGGGAUCAAAAUAACAAAACCUUUCAUCGUGCAAUCAAAACGAGGCAAGCUCAGAAUCUGAUCAGGGAAAUAAGAGAUGCGAAUGGAUGUGUAAGGACAAAGCACUCAGAGAUUAAGCAAGAAGCUGAGAAAUUUUUCUCUGAUUUGCUAAAUCACAAACCAGUAAGCUAUCAGGGGGUUGAGGAGGAUGAGUUACAAGAGUUGCUUCGCUUCAGGUGUAGUUCUGAGGACUGUCGACAUUUGGAAGAAGAAGUAACAGAAGAAUAA